GCCCAUUUCCUUCUUCCUAACCAACCUCCCUACUGCUGGUGUUGGCCCUCUUUCUUUCCAUACUGUGUCAAAAUGCCCUUUUUCUAUUUCCUUUUCUGUCCAUCCUCUAUUCCCCAAGAAAUUGUUAUUUUCACACCUUUUGCUUUUGUACAUGCCUCUCCCUUUGGUUGCACUUUCUUUCCCCAUCUUUAGUUUGACCUUUUUUUUUUUUUUAAUAUUUUUUAUUUACUUUUGAGAGAGAGAGCACGAGCAGAGGAGGGACUGAAAGAGAGGCAGACAGAAGAUCUGAAGUGGGCUCUGCGCUGAGAGCAGUGAGCCCAUUGCUGGGUUCAGACUCACAAACUGUGAGAUGGUGACCUGAGCUGAAGUUGGACGCUCAACCGACUGAGCCAUCCAGGGCCCCUAUCUUUGAAAAAAAAUUUUUUUAAUGCUUAAAUAUUUUUGAGAGGCAGGGGAAGACAGAGGAUCUGAAUUAGGCCCUGUGCUGACAGCAGGGGGCCUGAUGCGGGGCUCAAACCUAUGAACCAGAGAGAGACCAUGACUUGACCAAAGUCAGACGCUCAACCAACUGAGCCACACAGGCCUCCUGACUUUUUUUUUUUUUUUUUUUAAAUCAUUCAGGUCUCAGUUCAGAUCUUCUCUAACUCCUCCAAAUUCAGCUAGGUCUUCUUUUUGAGUUCCCAUCAGAGCACUUAUUAUGCUGACGGAUUGUAUAAUUGGGUACGAGUCUGUGUCUGUUUAUGAGCCUGUAUUAUAAAUUCCAUGAAGGCAGGGACUUAGGCAUUUCAUCUGUCUGUAUCACAGUGCCUGGCACAUGGUAGGCAGGCAGUAAAUAUGGAAAGAAAAAUGAAACAAAAUAGAGGGUGUAACUUUCCUAGUCCCACCAUAAACCUUAGAGACCCACUCCUUUUUAGAGAUGAAGGUGACACCCUGAGGUUAUGCAGCUAAGUAAUUAACACAGCUGAAAAACAGAACUCCUGAGUCCCAGCCUAGUGUUCUAUCACUUUAAGAAAAUGUUUUUUUGAGGGAAAAAAAAAAGAUUUUUUUGUUUAUUAUAAAGGCAUUUGUUUAAUGCAGAAUAUUUGGAAGGUACAGAUACACAGAAGGGAGAAAAAGGAAAAAUACAACCAGCCUAUUCCCACCACCCAGAUAGCAACCAUCCUUCCAGCCUCUUCUGUGCACAGUGAUAUGUGUAUGUUUGCACUAUAUCGUCGAGUGAUGGCGACAGCUUGCAUUUACUCAAUGCUUGCAGGAUAGGCACUGUUCUAAGUGCUUUACAUGUGUUCGACUCAUUUAUUAUAGCAAUGCUACGAUGUAAAUACUGUUGUCUCCACUUUUCAGAUGAGGAAAUGGAGGCACAGACGUGAUAAGUAUCUCAAGGUCACUCAGCUAUGAAGUGUUAGAGCCAAGAUUUAAACCCUGGCUAUCUAGCUUUAGAGCCUAUAAUUCAUUCCGUUCCAUUCUGCCUCUAUGCGUGGUAUUUUGUAAUCUGCUUUCUUUUAAAAAUUGAGAUCAGUUGAUAGACAGUCAUCAUUCUUCUGGGUACAGUUCAGUGAGUUUUGAUAAAAAGCAAAACCACCACCAUAAUCGAGAUACAUGGAGUAUUUCCAUCAAGAAUUUCCAUUGUGCCUCUUUGUAAACCAUCUCCUUCCCCAUUCUCCCUGCCUGGCAACCACGGAUUUUAUUUUCUGCCCUCAUAGUUUUGUUUUUUCCUGAAUUUCAUAUAAACGCAGUCAUUCCAUAUUGGUGGUAUUUGUAUUGUGACAUUGGCCCAAUUAUAAUCUUCACAUGGUCUUGUUGGGGGAAAAGGCGUUGCUUAAAUGAACGAUUUCUGAUAUUUUUUUUCAUCUUUUUCUUUCCUUUCCGUAUUACAAAUAUUUAUUGAACCUCUUACAAUGCAGGGGGGUGAAUGAGGAUGAGCAACUGUGGCCUCAAAGCCCCCUGGUUUGCCCUGUGAGUAGGGGCCGUGGCAGAUGAUGAUGACACAGUUGAUUCUUGUACUUUAUCAGCUUUCCUACUGGAACACAUUGCUCCGCAUAGAAGUUUUUGCUUCCGUGCCUCUACAGUUUAUGCCUUGCUAAGCUUUCAGGUGCUGAGGAACUUUGUGGGGAGAAGGCUCUGGUGGCACACCGCUGUCAGCCUUGCUGACCACCUUGGGUGAACAUCCCAGUGAGUGUCAUGAUGGCAGCUGUUUCCAUGGUUACCUGGGUAGUUUUCUCAAUUUAGUCUGUUGGUGUGGCUGCCCUGAUUUUCUACCCUGUGACUUGAAUGAUGCAACUGUGGCAUUUAAGUAGUAAAAUAAAAUGGUAAGGUAAGUUGAGGUUGAUAGACAGGGUAUGAAUCUCAAAAUUUUGGUGGGCUGCUACUGUUGUUGCAGUAUGCUGUCUCUGACACUAGCUGGCAUCUUUAAUUUUGUUUUCAAGUUUAUUUUAGAGAGAGAGGGAGACACAGAAUCUGAAACAGGCUCCAGGCUCUGAGCUGUCAGCACACAGCCUGAUGUGGGGCUCGAACUCUAUAAACGGUGAGAUCAAGACCUGGGCUGAAGUCGGACGCUUAACCGACUGAGCCACCCAGAUGCCCCGACACUAGCUAGCAUCUGAAGAACCUUUCUUUUCUUUCUAAACAGAAAAGUCAAAUAUGUUCUGAGCUCUAUCUUCUUUUAGAGACUUUAUCAGCAAAAUACCCGCAAAUUGCUAAGCAGUGUCUGUUCACUCAUUUAUCCAUUCAUUGAGCACAUUCGCCAAUUAACCAUUAUGUUUAUGGUAUCCUUCUUGAUGCUGUGAUAUGGCUUAUUUCAAAGUAAAUUCUUCCUGAGUUUUUCCCUUGGUACUGACUGCCUUUCCUCCCAAUUUGGUAUCUUUCAUCUGUAAACAUUUUAAAAACAAAUGUCAAGUGAAAUAAAAUAGUGCAGUGUUAUAGGUCCUUGUUCCACUUUGGUGCAGACUUUGCACAAGAAGGGAGAGAGGCACAGGAGAGAAGAGGAAACCUGGUCAUGUGAUACUGCUUGUCUGGCAGAAGCCUUUUGCUUCUGAGCAGAGAAACCAGCUGUUUACUAUUUUGGGUGAAUGAGGUUGGUUGGUUGCUACGAGCAUUUUCUCUAAGGGAACCCUCUUCUCUUCCAGCUCUACACAUUGAAAUCAUCCCAGUCCUGCUUUUUGGCAUUUGGGUAGAGGAGGGAGGUGUCUAUGUCGUGGCCCAGUGCUGACAGGAAGAAAUGUUUUCCAGGAGACUUACUGAUUCUGACCUUCUGCUGUCACCGCUUUUAACGCCCCACUCCCUAAGUAAACGGGAUCUAGCUGUUCUUACAACCCUUAGCACUGCAGAAAUGAAGUACCCACCUUUAACCUAAAGAGCAAUGCUAAUCAGAUUUUCAGCAAAUAAUAAAUGGCCUCUUUAAGGAGUGAGUGCUGCAGUUGAAGCUCCAGCAGCGCCGGACUCGAGAAGAACUGGUGAGCCAAGGGAUCAUGCCGCCUUUGAAAAGUCCAGCUGCGUUUCAUGAGCAGAGAAGGAGCUUGGAGCGGGCCAGGACAGAGGACUAUCUGAAACGGAAGAUUCGUUCCCGGCCGGAGAGAUCAGAGCUGGUCAGGAUGCAUAUUUUGGAAGAGACCUCGGCCGAGCCUUCCCUCCAGGCCAAGCAGCUGAAGCUGAAGAGAGCCAGAUUGGCCGAUGACCUCAACGAGAAGAUUGCACAGAGACCGGGCCCUAUGGAGCUGGUUGAGAAGAACAUUCUGCCUGUGGAGUCCAGCCUGAAAGAAGCCAUCAUUGUGGGCCAGGUGAAUUACCCGAAAGUAGCGGACAGCUCUUCCUUCGAUGAGGACAGCAGUGAUGCCUUAUCCCCUGAGCAGCCUGCGAGCCACGAGUCCCAGGGCUCGGCGCCAUCCCCCUUGGAAGCCCGAGUCAGCGAGCCACUGUCCAGUGCCACCACCCUAUCCCCCACUCAGGUGGUGUCUCAGCUCCCAGUGGGCCCGGAUUCCGGAGAAACACUUUUCCUGGCAGAGCAGCCUCCUCUGCCUCCCAGCCUCACCAAUGGAACCACAGCCCCCCCUGCCAAGCCCACCCCGACGCUUAUUAAGCAAAGCCAGCCCAAGUCUGCCAGUGAGAAGUCGCAGCGCAGCAAGAAAGCCAAGGAGCUGAAGCCAAAGGUGAAGAAGCUCAAGUAUCACCAGUACAUCCCCCCGGACCAAAAGCAGGACAAGGGGGCACCCGCCAUGGACUCCUCCUAUGCCAGGAUCCUGCAGCAGCAGCAGCUCUUCCUCCAGCUCCAGAUCCUCAACCAGCAGCAGCAGCAGCACUAUAACUACCAGACCAUCCUGCCCGCCCCGCCAAAGCCCGCGGGUGAGGCUCCGGGAAGCGGCGGGGCCCCCCCGAUACGCAGCCUCUCCACUACCGGUAGCGGCUCCGGCUCGGGUGCUCCUGGUCCCAGUGGGUUGGCACGUCAGAACAGCACCUCACUGACUGGCAAGCCGGGAGCCCUGCCUGCCAACCUGGAUGACAUGAAGGUGGCGGAGCUGAAGCAGGAGCUAAAGCUGCGGUCACUGCCCGUCUCAGGCACCAAGACAGACCUGAUCGAGCGCCUGCGUGCAUACCAGGAACAAGUCAGCCCUGCCCCAGGAGCCCCCAAGGGCCCUGCUGCCCCCUCCAUCUUGCCCAAGGCUGGUGAGGUGGUGGUCGCCUUCCCGGCCACCCGGCUAAGCACAGGGCCUGCCCUGGUGGCAGCGGGCCUGGCCCCGGCUGAGGUGGUGGUGGCCACGGUGACCGGUAACGGAGUGGUGAAAUUUGGCAGCACGGGCUCUACACCCCCCGUGUCUCCCACCCCCUCAGAGCGCUCACUGCUCAGCACGGGCGAUGAGAACUCCACACCCGGGGACACCUUUGGAGAGAUGGUGACGUCGCCACUGACCCAGCUCACCCUCCAGGCCUCACCGCUACAGAUCCUUGUGAAGGAGGAGGGCCCCCGGCCCGGGUCCUGCUGCCGGAGCCCUGGGGUGCGGGCCGAGCUGGAGGGGCGUGACAAGGACCAGAUGCUGCAGGAAAAGGACAAGCAGAUCGAGGAGCUGACCCGCAUGCUGCGCCAGAAACAGCAGCUCGUGGAGUGGCUGAGGCUGCAGCUGGAGCAGGAGAAGCGGGCGCAGCAGCCCGGCCCCGCCCCCGCCCCCGCCCCCCUCAGCACCCCAGUGAAGCAGGAAAACAGCUUCUCCAGCUGCCAGCUGAGCCGGCAGCCCCCGGGUCCCGCACACCCCUUCAGCCCCAGCCUGGCGGCCCCCACUGCCCACCACGCGGACGCUUGUCCCCUGGUGCCCCCAGCCGUGGUGGUGAAGCAGGAAGCCGUGCUGCCGGAGCCUGAGCCAGCCCCCGCUCCCCAGCUGCUGCUGGGCCCACAGGGCCCCAGCGUCCUCAGGGGGGUCACACCUCCCACCCUCAUCACUGACUCCACAGGGACCCACCUUGUCCUCACUGUGACCAAUAAGAACGUGGACAGCCCCGGCCUGGCCGGCGGGAGCCCCCAGCAGCCCUUGUCCCAGCCUGGUUCUCCGGCAGCCCCUGGCCCACCAGCCCAGAUGGACCCAGAGCACCCAUCACAGCCCCUCUUUGGGACCCCCACUUCUCUGCUGAAGAAGGAGCCGCCUGGCUAUGAGGAAGCUGUGAGCCAACAGCCCAGACAGCAGGUGAAGAAGGAAAAUGGUUCCUCCAGCCAGCAGAUGGAUGACCUGUUUGACAUUCUUAUUCAGAGUGGAGAAAUCUCAGCAGAUUUCAAGGAGCCACCACCAUCCCUACCAGGGAAAGAGAAGCCCCCCUCGACAGCAACCUGCGGGUCGCCCCUGGCCGCACCGUCCCCACCCUCCACCGAGCUCCCCCAGGCCACGCCACCUCCCUCAGGCUCACCUGCCCUCCCUGGGCGCCUGGAGGACUUCCUGGAGAGCAGCACGGGGCUGCCCCUGCUGACCAGCGGGCACGAGGGGCCAGAGCCCCUCUCCCUCAUUGACGACCUCCACAGCCAGAUGCUGAGCAGCUCUGCUAUCCUGGACCACCCCCCCUCGCCCAUGGACACCUCGGAAUUGCACUUUGCCCCCGAGCCCAGCAGCGUGGGCCUGGACCUGGCUGACGGCCACUUGGACAGCAUGGACUGGCUGGAGCUGUCGUCGGGAGGCCCCGUGCUCAGCCUGGCCCCGCUCAGCACCACCACCCCCAGCCUCUUCUCCACGGACUUCCUCGAUGGUCACGACUUGCAACUCCACUGGGAUUCCUGCUUGUAGCUCUCGGGCUGCAGGGCCAGGAUGGGAGGGGCUGGAAGCUGGGGAGAGCCUGAUCCCACCUCUGUGUGGUCGUGAGUCCUGACAAUCAUAGGCCCUGCUCUCCCCGCCCCAGGAGACUGGAGCAGGCCGUGCCGCCCCCUGGCUCAGACUCACCAAGGAGACAGGCUGCCAAGGAGCAGCUUUGGUCUAACCCCAGAGUUCAGGAGGCCUGGACAGGCCAGGGCCGUUCUAUUGACCUCCUUUUGUGAGGUCGGAGGUGCAGUCUGGCUGCAGUUGGCUCAGGCAGGCGAGGCCCAGGGUCACUCUCUUUCCUUCUAGUCCCCUUUCCCUAUGAGGGAAGAAACCAGCUUGGGCCUCUACCUCCCCAUCCCCUCGAUGCCAACCCCAGGGUCCCAGGCUUCUGGGAGGGGAGCCCCUUGCCAUUUUAGUGUCUUGGUGUAGUGUAACCAUUUAACGGUUGGUGGCAAACGUUUUCUGUACAGGUGUAUAUACCUCUAUAUUCUAUAUCGCCAUACAUAUAUAUACAUAUAUUUUUGGGGGCUGGGAGGUGGAUUGGAGCUCCCUCCCAUCCUGUGCACAAUAUAGAAGGGCCCAGAGACCACUGCUCCUGGGGUUAGAUGCAGCCUUCGUCAGC